AUGAAUACUAAAGAAAAUAAGCCACCAAAACCACCGAUACUCGUGUCGUCUACGAGUACGCCUAAAAUACCCCAGACAACUGAUGGUUUUAAAAUUCCAGCAGCACCUGCUAGCCGUCCACUGCAAGCUAAUAACCAGGUUGCUAGUAGUUCAAAUGGGGAACCAGCAUCUGACGUUCAAAAAGAUAAUAACAAACUUUGGGCCAUCAGUGACUUCGAUCUCGGACGUCCCCUCGGUAAAGGUAAAUUCGGAAGUGUUUAUUUAGCUAGAGAGAAAAAAUCGCACUAUGUGGUAGCUCUUAAGGUUUUGUUCAAGAGCCAAAUACUCUCAUCUGACAUUGAGCAUCAAGUGCGAAGAGAAGUCGAAAUACAGUGUCGACUGCGUCACCCAAAUAUCCUACGUAUGUAUGGCUACUUCCACGAUGAACGACGGAUUUAUCUUAUCUUAGAAUAUGCUAAGCAUGGUGCUCUGUAUAGACUGUUGAAAGCUCGCGGUAGAUUCGACGAGAGAACUGCUGCUAUUUAUGUACGAGACUUGACCAAAGCACUGAUGUACUGUCACCAAAUGAAGGUAAUUCACAGGGAUUUGAAACCGGAGAAUCUAUUAAUUGGACACAAUUGGGAGUUGAAGAUUGCUGACUUCGGCUGGUCCGUUCACUCUCCAUCUUCAAGACGCAUGACAAUAUGUGGUACAUUAGAUUAUUUGUCCCCUGAGAUGCUUGAUUCGAAACCUCACAAUUAUGCUGUUGACUUGUGGAGUCUAGGAGUGCUAUGUUAUGAGUUGUUAGUUGGACUUCCACCAUUUGAAGCAAAAGAUCAGCAUGUGACAUACAAGAAGAUUAGGCAUGUUAUUAUAAAGUACCCGGACUAUGUGUCUGAUUUAGCCAGGGAUUUAAUAGGAAAAUUACUUGUUAUAAGACCAGAAGAGAGAUUGCCAUUAGCCAAGGUGUUGAAGCAUCCCUGGAUCAUGCAAAAUGCACCAGAUGGCACUAAGCCACCAAUUUUCGAUGCUGAACAAAAAUAG